GGCGGGGCCGGGCCCCUGUGUUUGUUGCACCGUGUCAGUUACAUUGUAACAAAAGUGGUGCAGCCGCUCUUCGGGCCAGCACCCUAGGCCCGCCGGCCGCCAGCUGUCGCCGACAUGGAACCCGUGGCCAGCAAUAUCCAGGUCCUGCUGCAGGCGGCCGAGUUCCUAGAGCGCCGUGAGAGAGAAGCUGAGCAUGGCUACGCGUCCCUGUGCCCGCACCGCAAUCCAGGCCCAGUCUACAGGAGGAGGAAGCGAUCCCCCCAAGCUUCUGGCGCGCUGGACAGUGGGCGGUCUGUGCACAACGAGCUGGAGAAACGCAGGAGGGCCCAGCUGAAGCGGUGCCUAGAGCAGCUAAAACAGCAGAUGCCCCUGGGGCCUGACUGUGCCCGCUACACCACAUUGAGCCUUCUGCGCUGGGCCAGGACGCACAUCCAGAAGCUGGAGGCGCAGGAGCAGCGGGCGCGGCGGCUCAAGGAGAAGCUGCGCAGCAAGCGGCAGAGCCUGCGGCGGCAGCUGGAGCGGCUCCGGGAGCCGGCGGGGCCGCGGGCAGACGGCCUGGACUCUUCGGGCCUCUCUUCCGAGCGCUCGGACUCGGACCGAGAGGAGGCGGACGUGGACGUGGAGAGCCUGGCGUCCGGGGCCGAGGCUGAGCUGCUGCGGGGCUUCGGCGCGGGCCGGGAGCACAGCUACUCCCACGGCGGCAGCAGCUGGCUGUGAGCCACCCGCACGCUGCCCUCCGCUCGAGGCCGGAACCCACCGCAAGCCUCAGGGGCUGCCUGCGACGGACUGAAAGGACCCUUCCGUGGGAACAGGUGCCUGCCCCCCUACCCCCACCGCUGGCUGCCGGCCGGUUCUCCUGGGGGAGGGCUCGCCUGUGCUUCCUCCGCGGCCUGCAGGGCAGGCAGCUUGCGCCCGGGCCACCCUUCCAGGCCUUUCUUGUAGCACUUGGCUCCACUGUCCCCAAGUGGAGCAGAAGACUCUUGGGCCCUCACGUUCCUUCCUAGAGAAGGCCCCCAGAUACUGGACAGUAUUCGCAUUAAAUUUACGCAUCUUUGCUAA